AAACAACAAAAAAGGCAAAAGGCAACUUACUCACGCCUUAAUCCGCGUCUCGGUUGAAUUCCAUGAUUCCUAAGGACCUUGACGGGAUCCGGCCGCAUUCUAGUUCCUUUGUAGUGUACCAUCCAGCGGAAACUCGCACAUCCAGCUGCUCGCGAAGAGCUGGGGAAAGGGUUUUCGAGUCGUUUGCUGAGUGUCCUGCGAGAAGAUGGGCGAAACGCAUGAUCCAACGUCGGCCGACUCGUACAGCCUGACGGAAGAUGAGGUGGAACCGAAGCUGAAAUAUGUGCGGCUCUCGAACGACCUGAAGAACAUACUCAGCGAAGAGGCAAUCAGCUGCAUAGCCGUACACCCGAGGUUUCUCUGUCUCGGCACGCACUGGGGACGAAUACACAUGCUGGACCAUCAGGGUAACAGCGUACACACGAUGGUGAAUGUGAAGGAUAACGUGCACCUCCUCUCAGUGAACAGUAUAUCGGUAGAUAGCAAAGGGGAGCACAUAGCCACCUGCUCCGAUGACGGUAAAGUGAUGAUCAGUGGCCUCUACUCGGACGAAAACAAUCAGCAACUCAGCACGGGCAAAAUCGUGAAAGCCGUCGAGCUGGAUCCAAGCCACUAUCGUUCCGGAUCCGGUCGAAAGUUUAUCAUAGGAGACAGCAAAUUGGUACUGUACGAAAGAACCUUCAUCAAGGGACUGAAAUCAACCGUUCUGAGCCACUCCGAGGGUCAAGUGACGGCCAUCAAGUGGAAUGGGCAGUUCGUAGCGUGGGCCAGCACCCUAGGUAUCCAUGUUUACGAUCUAAACGAAAAGUGUUCGCUAGGCUUCAUUCAAUGGGAAGAACCGAGAGGCGGGAAGCUCAGUGAUUAUAGGUGUAAUUUGAAUUGGUCUAACCCUACGACGCUACUCAUCGGUUGGGUCGACACGGUGAGGAUAUGCGUUAUACGCAAGCGAAAUGCGGUCGAAGUUUCAACCCGCAACCUACCGGCGCAUAUCGUUGAUCCGAUGUCCACAUUCCAGACCGAUUUCUACAUUUGCGGCAUAGCACCACUCGAAAGCAACCAGCUGGUGAUACUUGGCUACUCGAAGGAUCGUGACUCCGAAACCAACAAAGCGCUACGGCCGAUUCUGUGCGUACUGCAGUACAACGCGAGCGAUUACAUCGAGAUCUGCACCGACAGCUUAUCGAUGCGAGGGUAUGAGGAGUACAAGUGCGACGAUUAUCAUCUCGAUUGUCUGAUAGACGAGAAUCAGUAUUUUAUCGUCUCGCCGAAGGACGUCGUUGUUGCGAAUCUCUACGAAACGGACGAUCGCGUGCAGUGGCUCAUAGAGCAUGGAAAGUUUGAACAGGCGAUGGAGGUGAUAACGAAACACGGUGGAAAGUAUUCCCUGAUUACCGUAGCCCGCCUUUACCUGGACCAUCUGCUGUCACUGCAGCAGUACGAUGAGGCGGCCAAGAUGUGCACGCGUGUCUUCGGGACCGAUAAGCAGCUGUGGGAGGAGGAGGUGUACAAGUUCGUGAAGGUGAAACAGCUCCGCUCGGUCAGCAGCUACAUACCGGUCAACGAGGCCAACAAGCUCAACCCGCACGUCUACGAGAUGGUGCUGUACGAGUAUCUUCAACUCGAUCCAGUCGGAUUUCUGAGGCUGGUGAAAGAAUGGCCUCCGACGCUGUACAACACCAAGGCAGUUAUCAAUGCCAUCAACGAUCACUUUAACAAAAAGGACGCCAACCUACUGCUGGAAGCGCUAGCCAUACUUUACUCCCACGAAAGAGAAUACGAUCAAGCACUAACGAUGUAUCUGAAGUUGCAGCAUAAGGAUGUGUUCGAACUGAUUGCAACGCACGAUCUGUACGGGAUGAUCAAAGAUACGAUCGUCCAGUUGAUAGAGCUGGAUAGUGAGCGGGCGAUUUCGAUGCUCUUGAAACAGAAAAGCAUUCCCCCGGAGGAGGUGGUGCGUGAGCUCGAGAAUGACCAGCAGUACCUGUUCCGGUAUCUGGACGCGUACGAUAAGACCAACACUAGUGGCAAGUUUCACCGGCAACUGGUACCAUUGUACGCGCACUACGAACCGGAAAAGUUGCUACCCUUCCUGCGGCGCUCGAACAACUACCCGAUCCAGGAGGCGUACGAUAUCUGCCGGCAGCGGCUCUUCUAUCCCGAAAUGGUGUAUCUGCUGGCAAAGAUGGGCAGUACACGGGAGGCCCUCACGAUCAUACUGCACAACCUUAAGGACGUGUCGAUGGCAAUCGAUUUCUGCAAAGAGCACGACGAUAUGGAUCUGUGGGAGGAUCUGAUCAACGAAUCGGUCAACAAACCGCACGUAAUGACUAAGCUGCUCGACAGUGUUGCUGGCUUCAUCAAUCCCGAGCUGCUGGUAAACCGUAUCCAGCCGGGCCAGGAGAUCGUCGGUCUGAAGAGCUCGAUUAUUAAGAUGCUCUGCGGGUACAGCUUACAGGUGGCCAUCCAGGAGGGUUGCCAUGAUAUAUUGGUGUCCGACUAU